AUGUGGCUUUGGGGGGCGUUGCGGCUGGCUGGCUUCAUCAUCUUGGCUUUGAUGCUUCUUGCCUGUCUUGUACAACCAGCAUGGUCCGAGUUGAGUUCAGGAGUUGGUACAUCGCUGGCUGCUGAUGAGCAUGCCUCGACGAGGAGUGGUGCCAUUCACGAGCGUGAGGCCAUUCCUCUUGCUGCUCCAUCAGACGUCCGAGCCGAAAAUGAGGAAAAGGUGGAAGAAGGGGAAGUGGAUGCCAUUGAAGAGCAAAGCGAAGAGGACGAGGAAGAGGAAGAAGAUGAUGACGAGGAUGAUUAUGAUGAUUAUGAUGAUUAUGACACGGGCGAUGAAGAUGAAGACGCUGGGCCAUGUGGAGAUCCCGAUCGUGUGCUGCAAGACCAUCUGCAGCGCCUGCAACAAGCGCGCACCAAUGGUCGCGACGAACUUUGA